AUGACGUCCCAUCCAAACAUCUACAAAAUCCUCGGCAUCCCUUUCAGCGACACAGCCCCCAUUCUCUCAAAACAGCAGAUUAAAAACGCAUAUCACAAGGCUCUCCUCAAACACCAUCCGGACAAAGCCACAAACAUUCCCUUUCCGAAGUCGAAGGGGACGGGUUCGUCUUCUGUUGCUGCCGGGGAUGGCACGUACACGAUCGACGAGAUAACGAAUGCGUACAAGAUCCUUGCAGACCCGGAGCUACGCGCAGAAUAUGAUCGAGAACUGCGCUUGCAACGGAAGAACCAGGCUGCUGCUGACGAUGACGGAUUGGAUGUGUUUCGUACGGGACUCGAAGUGGUGGAUUUGGAGGAAUUGGAUUGCUCGGACGGCCUAUCCGAGUCUAUGAACGGGACCACCACAAAGAAUCAUGAAAAUAAUGAUGACGAAGAAGAAGAAGGUCACAUGUUGUACUGGUUUCGGGGAUGCAGGUGCGGUGACCAAAAGGGGUUUAUUGUGACCGAGGACGAGCUGGAGGCGGAGGCACAGCAUGGGGAGAUUGUUGUUGGCUGUCGCGGGUGCAGUCUCUGGAUCAAGGUGCUCUUUGCCGUGGCGGAGGAGGAGUGA